UGCAAAGGGGUUGGCUGUAUUUGGAGCUCGAGCUGUCAGAGAGGAGGGCAUGAUCAUGCAUCAAUAAACAGUCAGUUUUGAUGGUAUGACUGUUGGGCCAGAAAACGAGCAGGACUUUCAUCCAGAGGGAAGAGCCCCCCAUUGUGUCUGUCCCCACUGUGUCUGGGCCUGGUUUCCUUGUGAUGGCAUGGUGGCUCACUGAAGGUUGCCGUGCUGGGAAAUAAUGUCAAACCCCAGCGGCCCCAACCAGAACAAUGCUCCUGUGUUCUUUUUUGGUGGUGAGGAUGAUGAAGAGGAUGCAGAAGGGGGCAGCUUGAGGACAGACAUGCAGAUGGACCCUGAUUUGCCCCCGGAGCGGCAGAUCGUAGUGGGAAUCUGCUGCAUGAUGAAGAAGUCCAACUCCAAGCCCAUGACGCAGAUCCUGGAGAGGCUGUGCAGGUUUGAGUACAUCACUGUCUCCAUCUUCCCCGAGGACGUCAUUCUCAAUGAUGCCGUGGAAAAAUGGCCACUCUGCGACUGUCUCAUAUGCUUCCACUCCAAAGGAUUCCCACUAGACAAGGCAGUGAGUUACGCAAAACUCAGAAACCCCUUACUCCUCAAUGAUCUGAACAUGCAGUACUUCAUACAGGACAGGAGGGAGGUGUAUCGCAUCCUACAGGAGGAGGGGAUUGAUCUGCCUCGCUAUGCUGUUUUAAACCGGGACCCAGACACCCCCGAAGCGGGUAACCUGGUUGAAGGGGAGGACCAUGUGGAGGUGAACGGUGACAUUUUCCAGAAGCCGUUUGUGGAGAAGCCAGUCUGUGCAGAGGACCACAAUGUGUACAUCUAUUACCCCUCUUCAGCAGGAGGGGGCAGCCAGCGUCUCUUCCGAAAGAUUGGCAGUAGGAGCAGUGUAUAUUCCUCUGAAAGCAGAGUGAGAAAGACAGGCUCCUACAUCUAUGAGGAGUUCAUGCCUACAGAUGGCACAGAUGUGAAGGUAUACACUGUAGGACCAGACUAUGCCCAUGCAGAGGCUCGUAAGUCUCCAGCGCUGGAUGGGAAGGUGGAGCGGGACAGCGAGGGGAAAGAGAUCCGCUACCCUGUGAUGCUCUCGGCCAUGGAGAAACUGGUGGCUCGCAAAGUGUGCCUGGCCUUCAAGCAAACAGUGUGCGGCUUUGACCUUCUUCGAGCAAAUGGCCACUCCUUUGUCUGUGAUGUGAAUGGAUUUAGCUUUGUGAAGAACUCCAUGAAGUACUACGACGAUUGUGCCAAAAUCCUGGGAAACAUGGUGAUGCGGGAGCUGGCCCCUCAGUUCCAGAUCCCCUGGUCCAUCCCCAUAGAGGCAGAGGACAUCCCCAUUGUCCCCACCACCUCUGGGACCAUGAUGGAGCUGCGCUGUGUCAUUGCAAUAAUCCGACAUGGAGACCGUACCCCAAAGCAGAAGAUGAAGAUGGAGGUCAGGAACUCGAUGUUCUUUGAUCUGUUUGGGAAAUACGGAGGCUACAAGACUGGGAAACUCAAGCUGAAAAAACCAAAGCAGUUACAGGAGGUUUUGGACAUUGCUCGGCGGCUGCUGGCAGACGUAGGGCAGCAUAGCGACUGCGAGAUCGAAGAGAAGAAGUCCAAACUGGGACAAUUGAAGACCGUUCUGGAGAUGGAGUCAAGCAUGAAUGACUAUCAGUAUGGCCAUUUCUCUGGAAUAAACAGGAAGGUUCAGCUCACCUACCUGCCACAUGGACGGCCAAAAACUUCUAGCGAGGAGGAAGACUCACAGAAAGAGGGCCCAUCGCUGCUGCUGGUGCUGAAAUGGGGAGGGGAACUGACCCCCACAGGCAGAGUCCAAGCCGAGGAGUUGGGCAGGGCCUUCCGCUGUAUGUACCCUGGAGGACAAGCUGGUAGUCACAGGUCCCUGGGCUGUGAGUCCCCCGUAGACUGUGGCGACUAUGCUGGGUUCCCGGGCUGCGGUCUGCUCCGCCUCACGCAGUAGCACGACCAAGAUCUACGCCACAGGGCGUCACCCUCGCACCGUUUGCAUAUGACCGCACCUGCUUAUGCACAGGGGCUGCUGGCUCUAGAGGGGGAGCUGACUCCCAUCCUGGUUCAGAUGGUUAAGAGUGCCAACAUGAAUGGGCUGUUGGACAGCGACAGCGACUCUCUGACUGGCUGCCAGCAGCGCGUUAAAGCCCGGCUGCAUGACAUCAUGCAGAAGAACCAGGACUUCACCGAGGACGACUACAGCAAGCUUGCUCCCACAGGCAGUCUGUCCCUGGUGAAUUCCAUGAGGACAAUUGAGAACCCUGUAAGGACAUGUGACCAGGUGUACAGCCUCAUUCAGAGCCUCACCUCCCAGAUCCGCAGGAAGCUGGAGGACCCCAAGUCCACUGAUCUGCAGCUGUACCAUAGUGAGACCCUGGAGCUCAUGUUGCAGCGCUGGUCCAAACUGGAGCGGGAUUUCCGCACGAAGAAUGGUCGCUAUGAUAUCAGCAAGAUCCCCGACAUCUACGACUGCAUCAAGUAUGACGUACAGCACAACGGGUCCCUGGGGCUUGAGCACAUGCUGGAGCUCUUCAGACGGUCCCAUGCGCUGGCUGACAUCAUCAUCCCGCAGGAGUACGGCAUAAACAAAGAGGAGAAGCUGGAGAUCGCCUACGCAUACUGUCUCCCACUGGUGAAAAAGAUACAGCUGGACCUUCAGAGGACACACGAGGAUGAGUCUGUCAACAAGCUCCACCCAGUGUACUCCCGUGGAGUGAUGUCCCCCGGACGUCACGUACGAACGCGGCUGUACUUCACCAGCGAGAGUCACGUCCACUCCCUGCUCAGCAUCUUCCGCUACGGGGGUCUGCUCAAUGAGGAGAAAGAUGAGCAGUGGAAGCGUGCAAUGGAUUAUCUGAACGCCGUUUCUGAGCUGAACUACAUGACCCAGAUUGUCAUCAUGCUGUACGAGGAUAAUAAGAAGGACCCCUCUUCAGAGGAACGCUUCCAUGUGGAGCUGCAUUUCAGUCCAGGAGUGAGGGGGUGUGAGGACCAGGAAAAUCACCCCCUGGGUUUUGGGUUCCGCCCAGCUUCCGCAGAGGGUGAUCUCUGUUUGGGUCAGCAGAGAAAGCAGAAUGCGAGCAGCCUUGAGGACCUAUCGCCAGAAGAGCCUGACCAGGCCUCGCCUUUCUCUGAGCCUAUCAGCAUUCAGCAGAGAUCACUCAUUCGCAGUCAGAAAGCCAGCGACAUGGAGACGCUCUGUGACACGCCCCGCGGGGCCGGACACCGCCUGUUCCCCUCCUGCUCGCGCCAGUCUCCGGAGGCCCGGCAGAACGCAGCAGAGUUGUUCUCUAUGCCACCAGUUAAGAGAUUUUCUGUGUCAUAUGCAAAUCAUCCAACUAAUGGGUUUGAGGGCUGCUCUCUGGUGCCCUCUAUCUACCCCCUGGAGACUCUGCACAACUCGCUCUCUCUCAAGCAGGUGGAUGAGUUCCUGAGCGCCGUGUGCGAAAAUGACGGAGACUCCAGAGCUAACAUCGCUCUCUCUGCCAUAUUCGACUCUCAGACUCAGCCUCCUGUGGACGCCUAUAUCCCCCAGCGCGUCCUGUCCUGCCCUCCAUUGUACAUCCCCGCCCGGGUGGCUCAUGCAGCUACAGCAGCAGUUCCUCCUCCCCCAUGACCACAGACGCACCAUUCUGCUGCUCCAGCAUAGCGUAGAGAUGCGGUCAGGGCAUUAGGGGAGUGGCCAGACUGUCAGCUCCUCCUACAUGUCCAUCAACGAGACCUUCACACCAGCGUGACCAGCAUUCAGCCAAUCGACAGCCUGCGAAAGCCAUGUGAUUAGCCAAUGAGCUGUACGAGUACGGCAGCCAAAUGAAGUUUCUAAUAGCUCCUUCCGCCUGCAAGUACCACACCACUUUUCUAGAUCUCCAUGAGGCUAAGCCACACCCCUCCACCCCCUUUGCAGGCCAAGACGUGCCCCUCCAGAUCAAAAAGAAGGUCUUUGAUUUAGGCUCCAACACCCAGAAGUCCGCAUGACCUCACAAAACACAGUGGGACUGUGAAUGAGAACUAGGGAGAUAGAGAGUCACUCCCUGAACAGUGGAGUAGCUGAAGCUCUAUUCUGUCAUUUUCACAGUAAAGCUGGAGCCUGCCUGCUUCUGAGCUGGUGACUGAAUCUAAAGUCUCUCAGGAAAACUGCUGUUAUGCUAUUCUGUACUGCUCUCAUCAAUAUACUGCCUGCUCUCUCAAUUCACAGAACGUCUGAGCAUGAGCCUGUAGUGUGUGUGCGUGUGUGUGAGCGCGUGUGUGUGUGUAUGUGUGUGUGAGUGAAUGUCCACAUGCUCCUUAUAUGCAACCUGACAGAACUGGGUCAUAGAGGAGACAGCUCAGUUUGGCACCUGGUCUAGGUUUGUUUUUUUUCAGCACUGGGCCUAAUGCUGGGUCAGUGUUUAUAAAUGUCAGCUUCCCCUGGCAAUGCUCUGAGCCAUCAGCAAUAGAAGCACAGCAGUGCCGCAGUAAGAGACAGUUACUCAGGUGUUACUCCUACUCUGUGUAAUUACUCAGGUGUUACUGCCACUGUUACUAUGGUUACCUUCUGUAGUCACCUCAUCUACUGUACUUUCCUUCUACUACAUUCUAUGCCAAAUGCCUGAAUUCACAGCAAACUACUUUCAUGCAAAAGCCCAUUAUACCUGUGCCUGAUGAAUCCCAUAAAUCUGAGCUGUGUUUAUCAGCUUAAACAUUUAUUAAAUAAUUUAGUUUUACCUGUGUUUUGAACAUCAUACUAAAUGUUACAUACCAAAUAUUUGAAGCUUAUAAUAUUAGGGGUUGUUACAGCUAAUCCCUUGAUCAAUGAAGGUUGCUGAAAAUGUGUUUUGAACUCUUGCACAAGUUAUUAAUGCAAUGCAGUUUGGCUUGUUACCAUUAGUUUUUCUUUGAACUCACCAGUUAGUCUAUCAUUUAAUCAGCAUUUUAAAAUGCAACCUCUAAAGUAAUACUUAGCCAUAUAGCACAUUGUGUGAAAUGAACAUUAGUUGACCAUACUGUUAAAGUCCUGGAGAUGGGACCAUUCAUAUAUGGGGUAACUCAUACCUCAACAGACAUUUAAAAAGGUCCAGUUGAGAACAAUUAGCAGCUUUUUUAAAAUUCAGGGGUUGCUAUUGUGGUUGGAACAGAGCCCAGUGUACAGAAGGGGAGAGGACCAAGUCUGAGAGACCAUGGUUUAGAUUUAAGAAACAAAACGUCACCAGACUCAGUUGUAAUUUAGGUUUUUACUCUGUUUUGGGCACAUAAUUUGGGUCACUGUGGCUGGUAUAAUCUUUACUGCAUGUUUAUGAUACAUUAUUGUUUUACAAAAUUACUUUAUAUAGUGUUUGUUUAAAAGUGUUGAUAUUUCGCUUACAUGAGAAAACAUUUUAUGUUAUUUAAUUUGGAAAUCAAAACUGCUCAGAAGCACCCACUGCAAAUUGACAUUGUUAGUGUGUUAUUGUGACACAUAUACUGUGUGAGAAUUUUAAUGGUUGUUUUGCCUGAUAAAAAUGACUGUAUGGAUGUUGAAUAUGAAUGUUUGUCUUCAGUGUUUUCAGGGGAAUCUGACACUGCUAAUUAGUUUUUAAAAAUUCCAUAUUUCUUCUUUCCUUGGACAUCAUCCUUUUUGCUUGUGAGUCAUCUACCUAUGUGUAAUAAUUUGUUGCACGGUUAGAAAGCAUUUUAACAGAUAAUCUAGUGCUAUUAAAUAAUGCAGAAAGACUGGUUGUUGGCAUACCACUUAUGCCAGGAAGUAACUAAAUCAUAUUUAAUUGCAAAUACCCAUGUUAUAAUCUCACAUAAAUAAAAACAAGCCUGAACAAUAAAAUAUACACAAGUAUAUUUUAAUCAGUGAUAAGCAGUAAUGAAAAAUAUUUUUUAUUUCUUUGUCAACCAACCAACCAAAGCCAUUUGGUUUCCCUGGCUUUGUGAGUAUGGCCAUUUGAGUUAUGUUCAAGGACUGUGUGUGUGUGUGUGUGUGUGUGUGUGUGUGUGGGUGGAAUGGAAAUUGCUGCAUCAUUACAGUGUUGCAUUUUUCCUUCUAUUUCAUUAUGCUAAAUAUAAUCAUGUUGAAUAUCACUUUUACUGUUUAAUUAGUCAGGCUGUUUGCCUGUGGAUGAUUUUUAAAGGUCAUGGUUUGUGAUUAAAAUGAGAAUGAAAGUGCA